AUGAGGAAGAUCCAAAGGGACAUCAGAGUCAAUCGAAGACGAGAGGGAAAGCACGAAGCUCCUCCAACCGAAGAAAUAGGGUUAGGAGGCCCCCCCCAGAAAUCUAAAGACAGUAGAGGAGCAGGUCUAAAGAGGGCUCAAGGAUCGGGCCCAAGGAAACCAACGGGCAUCGAGCCCCAGAACCCCAGAUCGAACUAUCAGGCAAGAGAAUAG